AUGCCUCUACCAUUCCUCUCAUCGAAAUUACCAACAACCUCUCGAGGUGGUCGUGUGACCGAUGAUAUGUCCACAUCCAAGAGAUCAAGACGGAUGAGGAUUUUCCUCAGCUAUGCUCCCGAUUGGGCUCUGACAAUCGUCUUAUGGGGCAUAUUCUACCUAUUAGAUAAAGUCAAUGGCUAUAGGAGACUAUUCGACAUUACCGAUACAUCACUUGCUCAUCCUCAUGCCGAUCCGGAGAGGGUCCCAGUAUGGUUAUUAGCUGUAUUAUGUGGUGUCGUACCUGCUAUAAUCAUCAUAUUUACGGCAGCAAUCAGAAGAACCUUCUGGGACGCUCAAUCCGGCUUGUUAGGCUUGAUCCUAGGUCUAGGCCUCGUAGCGACUUUCACAAACAUCGUCAAAAUCACCGUUGGUCGUCCGCGACCGGACUUCUUCGCUCGGUGUAUCUUACCUGAUGACCUUACUGAGAACCCAUUACACGGUUUGACCUCAUGGACUGUAUGUACCCAAACGGAUGAUUCACAAUUACAAGAAGGUUUUAGAAGUUUUCCAAGUGGUCAUAGUAGUUUUGCUUGGUCAGGGAUGUGGUAUCUGAUUUUAUACCUUGCUGCGAAAAUGCGAAUCAACAAUCGUACAGGAUACACAUACAAAUCGUGGUUACUCCUUGCUCCCCUUUCAUGUGCAUCUUUGAUUACUAUCUCACGAACAAUGGAUUACAGACAUCACGCUACGGAUGUGAUCGCUGGGAGUCUGAUUGGAAUUGCUGGUGCAUGGUAUUCCUACAGACAGUAUUAUCCUCCAAUCUCAUCACCUCAAUCUUACAAACCUUAUUCCCCACGUAUACCCAAAGAUGAAGAGAUCCCUCUGCACCAUCGACCCAAUCGACGAUCCAGCGCUGAACAUAUGCUAGGGGGUCCAAAUGGUAUCAUCGAAGGAGGAUCACACCACCAUACAAGUGGUAGUUCCCAGGGUACGACUAAUGGUCAGCCACUAGCGACUGAAGGUAGACACGGCUGGUCGACCGUUGAUAUAGGUGAUAGAGGUGCGUACGGAGUCGGCAAUGGGAAUGGAGGUCCAAGGGAUAACGAUUACGGAGAAGGGAAAGAGACUGUACAAAGACCGGUUGAACGUAGUGUGUAG